CGAUGUUUAAAAACCAAAUACUCGUACAAAAUCUUAGGCCAUCUGCACUGCAAUGUUCAUCGUCGAAUCAACGCAAGGGAUACAUUCACAAUUCAAUUUCACGCAACCCAAAUCCAUAAAUUCUUGAUUUUGCAUUUCUCUAUUCACAAUUUGAAUCACAAAACCCAAAAGAUUUUGAUCCAAAUCUGGAAACCGAUGCGACCGAAGAUCGAAACCGAGCAGAAUCACAGCCAUCGGAAGCCAAUCUCCAUCCUCCCAAAGCGGAUAAUCUUGGUCCGCCACGGUGAAUCUCAAGGCAAUCUCAACUCCGCAACCUACACCACAACCCCCGAUAACAAAGUUCCAUUAACAGAAGAAGGUUUGAUUCAGGCUCGAAUCGCCGGUAAAGAGCUUCACAGAUUGUUGUCCAAUGAUGGAACGAACCCUCAUUGGCGAGUCUACUUCUAUGUUUCGCCCUACGAGCGCACCCGAUCCACACUCCGUGAGAUCGGCCGUGCGUUUUCGAAGAAGAGGAUUAUUGGCGUUAGGGAGGAGUGUAGAAUCAGAGAGCAGGAUUUUGGGAAUUUUCAAGUGGAGGAGAGGAUGAAGGUUGUGAAGGAGACGAGGGAGAGAUUUGGGAGAUUCUUCUAUCGCUUCCCUGAAGGAGAGUCCGCUGCUGAUGUUUACGAUCGCGUUUCCAGCUUUCUUGAGUCCUUGUGGAGGGACAUAGACAUGAACAGGCUCCGCCACAACCCUUCCCAAGAUCUCAAUCUUAUAAUCAUAUCUCAUGGGCUGACAUCUCGUGUCUUCCUCACGAAAUGGUUCAAGUGGACGGUCGAGCAAUUUGAGUACCUGAACAAUCCCGAAAACUGUGAAUGCCGGGUGUUGCAGUUGGGAGAAGGUGGGGAAUACAGCUUAGCGAUUCAUCACACAGAGGAAGAAAUGCUGGAAUGGGGGCUUUCUCCUGAGAUGAUAUCUGACCAGAAAUGGAGAGCAAGUGCCCACAAAGGUCAAUGGAAUGAAAGAUGUCCCUGGUAUCUUGAUGCUUUCUUUGAUAACCUAGCUGACUCAGACGGUGACGAUAGCUCUGAUGAACCAUGUCAGAAUCAUGACAAACUAGUUGAAUCUUGUUCAAGUGUAGCCGUCACAGAGGAAUGACACUUAUACUUUACAUUCUUUGAAUUUGAUAGGUUGAUUGUUCUCUCUGCUUAUAGUUUUCUUGGUUUUGCAGAGUAUUAUUUGGGGUUUGCAGGAAAAUAUUCAUUCUUUCUUAAAUUGUUAAAGAUACAGGGAUCUGAUCUGAUGGGUUGAAAGCGCUACAUACGAUCGGGACCGGGACUGCCUUAAAAGAAAUUAGUGAAGGUGAUCGGCGGUAGUUUAUAGUUCAUGGUUUGCUGAUUGAAAUGUGCAUUAUGAGGUUCAUUUGAUUUCUAUAAUAGAGAGCCAAUAUGCAUUUUUAUAUUCAGAUUUUAGAUUAGGCAGAGAGAGAGGGAGCUUACUGUUUUCAAUUAACAGGAUUGCCAAAUCCUUGAUGAAUGGGGAGAGGUAUAUUGGUUAAUUCACCAGAUCUUAAAAGGGUCAGAAUUGAUCAAGGGUGGAAAAGGAUGGGUAGGGUUAAAACAUCCAUCUGAAAAUAGUUACUUUUUACUUUAUAAGUUAAAAAGAGCGUAGAGUGAUUUUGAAAUUGUUAAAAUUACUUUUAUCAUGUUUAAAAUUACUUCAAACA